GGUUGGAGGACAGCAGAGACUGAGCAGCAGAAGACCACACAGUCGUGACAGCAAACGGCCGUUUUAGGAUACCGGGCAACUGAGAGGAGCUUUUUGUGUCCUCCAUUAUGGCGAGUGACUCUCCAGCUCGGAGUCUGGACGAAAUCGACCUCUCCGCUUUGAGGGAUCCUGCUGGCAUCUUUGAGUUGGUUGAGCUGGUGGGAAAUGGCACAUAUGGACAGGUCUACAAGGGUCGCCAUGUUAAGACUGGGCAGCUGGCAGCCAUCAAGGUCAUGGAUGUCACCGGGGAUGAGGAAGAGGAGAUUAAAGCAGAAAUUAACAUGCUGAAGAAGUACAGCCACCAUCGGAACAUCGCUACCUACUACGGAGCUUUCGUCAAGAAAAACCCUCCUGGCAUAGAUGAUCAGCUAUGGCUGGUCAUGGAGUUCUGUGGAGCCGGCUCGGUGACAGAUUUGAUCAAGAACACCAAGGGCAACUCUCUGAAAGAGGAGUGGACUGCUUACAUCUGUCGAGAGAUUCUCAGGGGUCUGACUCAUCUCCAUCAGCACAAGGUCAUCCACAGAGACAUCAAGGGACAGAACGUCCUGCUGACUGAGAACGCAGAGGUCAAACUAGUGGACUUUGGUGUUUCGGCCCAGUUGGACAGAACUGUCGGAAGGAGGAACACAUUUAUCGGGACGCCAUAUUGGAUGGCACCAGAGGUCAUUGCCUGUGACGAGAACCCCGAUGCCACAUACGACUUCAAGAGUGAUUUAUGGUCAUUGGGGAUCACAGCAAUAGAGAUGGCUGAAGGAGCACCACCGCUGUGUGACAUGCACCCCAUGAGAGCCCUCUUCCUUAUCCCACGCAACCCAGCUCCCAGACUCAAGUCAAAGAAAUGGUCGAAGAAGUUCCAAUCAUUCAUAGAGAGCUGUCUGGUGAAGAGCCACAGCCAGAGACCCAGCACAGAGCAGCUCCUCAAACACCCUUUCAUCAGAGACCUGCCAAAUGAGAGGCAGGUCCGCAUCCAGCUGAAGGACCACAUCGACCGCACCAAGAAGAAGAGAGGAGAGAGGGAUGAGACAGAGUACGAAUACAGUGGCAGUGAAGAGGAGGAUGAAGAAAGAGACAUGGGUGAACCAAGCUCUAUCAUCAACAUCCCCGGUGAGUCAACCCUGAGGCGGGACUUCCUGCGCCUCCAGCUGGCCAAUAAGGAGCGCUCGGAGGCGCAGCGGCGGCAGCAGCUGGAGCAACAGCAGAACGAGGAGCACAAGCGCUUACUGCUAGCCGAAAGACAGAAACGCAUCGAGGAGCAGAAGGAGCAGAGGAAGCGGCUGGAGGAACAGCAACAGCGAGAGCGUGAGCUGAGGAAACAGCAUGAGCGGGAACAGAGGAGACGUUACGAGGAAAUGGAGCAGCUCCGCAGAGAGGAGGAGAGGAGGCAUGCAGAGAGAGAACAGGAGUAUAUCCGUAGACAGCUGGAAGAGGAACAGAGGCAGUUAGAGAUUCUCCAGCAGCAACUACUACAGGAACAGGCGUUACUGCUGGAGUAUAAGCGUAAGCAGGUAGAGGAGCAGCGGCAGGCAGAGCGGCUACAGAGGCAGCUCCAGCAGGAGAGAGCCUACCUGGUGUCUCUACAACAGCAGCAGCAGCAACAACAGCAGCAACAACAGCAGGAGGGUAGGCAAGGAGAGAAGAAACCACUUUACCACUACAAAGAUGUCGUCAAUCCUGCUGACAAGCCAGCCUGGGCUAAAGAGGUGGAGGAGCGAUCUAAGCUGAACAGACAGAGUUCUCCAGCACUGCAGCACAAAUUGUCCAACCGCAUCUCCGACCCCUCCCUCCCUCCCCGCUCAGAGUCCUUCAGCAGUGGGGGCAUGCAGCCCGCCCGCACCCCACCCAUCCACCGUUCCAUCGAACCACAGAUGGCUCAUCUGGUUCCAGUGAAAACCCACUCUAGCUCCAUGUCUGGCUCUCAGUCACUGCAGGACCAGACAGGUUCAGCUAUGAGUGAGGGCAUCAGCGUGGGCUCCCCCAGACCUGAGAUGCCCCGUCAGAACUCAGACCCCACCUCUGACACACCGGCACCCCAACCGCUGCGUAUCACAGAUCGGGACAGAACUGCCUGGCUAAGAGAGGAGGAUAUCCCACCAAAGGUCCCCCAGAGGACCACUUCCAUCUCCCCAGCCCUGGUCAGGAAGAACUCCCCUAACGGAGGAGUGGGUCUGGGACCUCGCACGGGUUCUCAGCUCAUCCGGGCUAGUAACCCAGACCUGCGACGCUCAGAGCUCUCUCUGGACGCCAUGCUGCAAAGAACCUCCUCCAACUCAUCAUCAUCAUCCUCCCCUUCAUCUCAGGGAGGCUCAGCCGAGAGGCGAGGUCAAACCAAGCAGGAAGGAUCCCCUCCGGGAGCCAAUCAGGAGGCAAAACCCAAACAGGAGGAGGGCCGUGAAUCAGCCAGACCCAGCAGACCUGCAAGUUAUAAGAAAGCCAUAGAUGAGGACCUAAGUGCAUUGGCUAAGGAACUCAGAGAAUUGAGGGUGGAGGAGGGGACCAGACCUCCAGUCAAGGUGACAGACUACUCGUCCUCCAGUGAUGAAUCAGAGAGCAGCGAUGAGGACGGGGAGACAGUGGGGCAUGAUGGGACUGUUGCUGUUAACGACAUCCCGCGCAUCAUGCCAGCAGUGCCGAGUAGCAGUGAGUCGUACGGAGGGCUGACAGAGGACUCUUUGGGAGAUGCCUAUAAUAGCUCCAAGGACGGCACUCUGGUGAUGAGAGAGGCAGAGGAGAGGAGGAGAGGUGGUCACACAGAGAGUAACGGCUUUGGGAAUCACAGUAACCAUGGUAACCUUCCCGACCUGGUACAGCAGAGCAACUCUCCCUCAGCCACACCCACAGCCCUGCAGGAACUUGGUGAUAUGGCUGAGUUUGGUUUGGGUGGGUCCAAAGCAUCCUUCACCCCAUUUGUUGAUCCACGUGUCUAUCAAACCUCCCCGAAUGAUGAUGAUGAUGAUGAUGAUGAUAAUGAUAACUCAGCAGCAGCCAUGUUUGCAAAUGAACUUAUGAGGCAGGAGCAGGCCAGACUAAAUGAAGCCAGAAAGAUCUCUGUUGUCAACGUCAACCCAACAAACAUCAGACCCCACAGUGACACACCAGAGAUCCGCAAAUACAAGAAACGCUUCAACUCUGAGAUCCUGUGUGCUGCACUCUGGGGUGUGAACCUUCUGGUGGGGACAGAGAACGGUCUAAUGCUGCUUGAUCGAAGUGGACAGGGAAAAGUGUAUAACCUGAUCACCAGACGGCGUUUCCUACAAAUGGAUGUGCUUGAGGGGCUCAAUGUGCUAGUCACCAUAUCCGGGAAAAAGAAUAAGUUGCGUGUCUACUACUUGUCCUGGCUGAGGAACAGAAUAUUACAUAAUGACCCAGAAGUAGAGAAGAAACAGGGUUGGAUUACAGUUGGGGAACUGGAAGGCUGUGUGCAUUAUAAAGUUGUUAAAUAUGAGAGGAUUAAGUUCCUGGUGAUUGCCCUGAAGACAUCUGUGGAAAUCUACGCCUGGGCUCCCAAACCUUACCAUAAGUUCAUGGCGUUUAAGUCAUUCACUGAGUUGCAGCAUCGUCCCCAGCUGGUUGACCUUACAGUGGAAGAAGGUCAGAGAUUAAAGGUCAUCUAUGGCUCCAGCGUGGGCUUCCAUGUCAUCGAUGUGGACUCAGGCAACCCUUACGACAUCUACAUUCCCUCACAUAUCCAGAGCCAGGUGACACCCCAUGCCAUCGUGGUGCUCCCUAAGACUGAUGGGAUGGAGAUGCUGCUGUGUUACGAGGACGAGGGUGUCUACGUCAACACAUAUGGUCGAAUCACAAAGGACGUGGUGCUACAGUGGGGAGAGAUGCCUACCUCUGUUGCCUAUAUCCAUUCUAAUCAGAUUAUGGGCUGGGGUGAGAAAGCCAUAGAGAUCCGCUCUGUGGAGACGGGUCACCUGGAUGGAGUCUUCAUGCACAAGAGAGCUCAGAGACUCAAGUUCCUCUGUGAGCGAAAUGACAAGGUAUUCUUUGCAUCUGUGCGUUCAGGAGGUAGCAGCCAAGUUUUCUUCAUGACCCUCAACAGAAACUCUAUGAUGAACUGGUGAUGGCUCCUGCAAUUGUCCGCUCUGCCUCACUCUCCCAUCGAUCAGCCCACCUUGGCUCACGGCACAUCUCACAAAUGAACAUGAUCGACGAGUGGCCAUAACUGAACUCUUUAACACUGGAGAGACUAAAAAGGUUUAGAAAAAAAAAGUCAAAGUUAUUGUAGAGAAAAACAACAACGACCUGUUCUAAAUGAAGAGACAUGUUACCUUAGAUUCUAUCAGGUCAUGCAGAAGCCAUGGUUACUCAACUGACUGGCAAACUGGUGCCACUGACUUUCCAAAUAUUCUCUUCCUUCCUUUUUCUCUUCCCUUGUCUGUAACUCUUUUCCCCUUUUUAUCUGUCUUUGUUCUUUUCUCUCUGCAAGGACCAGUGCAUUCAAGUGUUCAUCAACUUAAGAGCUGCACUUUACACCUGCCUCCCACUGUCUCUUCUUCCUUUUGUCCAUCCCUUCUUCAUCACCAAGUCUCUGCUCCUUCCCCUUCCAUCUAGUCAUCACUUUUUCAGUACCUUGACAUCCUUGUCCUCCAUCUCCCUCACUUGUUGUCAGCCAUGUGUGGGUCCAUUCCCUGAGAACUACACCACACAGGCUGAAGGAAGAAUAGAUAAUCCAAUUUAAUCUAGAUUUAAAUAUAUACUUCUGAAUAUGACAGUGCAGGGAGGGCAGCUGAGAAAUGACAAAUCUACUCUGAAUAUUGGUGGUGAGAGCAGAAAACCUGAUUGAUUUUCUUCUGUGUCACUCCCCUCCUCCUCCUCCUCCCCUACUUCCUCUUCUUGUCAUCAUUUCAGGCUCCAAGUAGACUGAAUUUUGAUUUAAUCUUCAAUUGCAUUUUUGCUGAUAGAGGUGCAAUGAGACACUGCUGUCAUAGGCAGGUUGUAACAGUAUGCAAACAUGAUGUCUGUGUCCCUUUAAAAUGAAAUCACUGGUCCACUUUGCUUCCUUUCUUUCUGCGUCCCUCCUCCUGUCAACCCCCAUCAUCACCAACAUCAUCAUCAUCAU